ACACUGAAUUGCUGUUUACGGCGAAACAUGGCGCUGCACAGAUGAGCUAGGUGAAGGACUGAGACCCUGAGGUGAAGUCUGCUGGCUUCUUCAUCCUCUCGCUACAUUAACAGUUUAGACACGGCUCUUCCCUCGGCCAACCCUCCACUGUAGAGCAGCCAGGGUUUAGAAGGCAUCAUGGCGGCGCAGGGAGGCGUCCUGUUCCAGGAGAAGGUCAGCAGGCUACUCAGCAGACAGGGCGGAAAACCAGUGCUGAAACCAAACAGGCCUUUGACUCUUCAAGAUUCUGUAGCUAACCGCAAACUCAAGAAAGGAGAGGCCACCUGUAUCACAGAGAUGUCAGUCCUGAUGGCCUGUUGGAAGCAGAACAACUUUGUGGACAGUCUGUGCUCAAAUGAGAUGAAUACUUUCUACAGUUGUGUUAAAAAGGCUCAGGCUGCUAUGAAGAAUAAAUCCGAGCAGACCAGCAUCCAGGGAGGCCGUCUGCACCCAAAACAAGCCACAGCCCUGCUGAAGAGAUACCCCAACCAACACACUGAGAUCUAGGAAGCAAGCUUUUUCAUUCAUUUGUCCUAGAACUUUGUUUCAUCCAGUUUCAUGGCGUUAAAGUGUUGUCAGUUACUGUGUGACUGAACAAUGAGAUACUAUAUACAUUUAUUAAAUGAAUAAAGCAAGGAGCAAAUCACUUUUUAACACAAA